GACAUUAAUAGAAGGGGUGCUGAAGUGUCUGCCACCCUGCUGGUCUUGAUGAACUCUCUGUGCCAAACGCUUGACAUUGCUUGCGUUAGUAGAGAUCUUUUUUUUAUGGCCCUAUUUGCAUGACAAAGUGUGCUUCUGAUUCAUGGGUGCUGAGGAAGGUGGAGGGAGAGGGGGGAGAAGGCUGGCUGGAGGCAGAGGUGGACUGUUGGACAGAAAGGCUGUGAUUUUGUCCCUCCUGGCUGGCAGCAACAGACAGACGCUCCUCACCAUGUAUGGCAGUGGCUUCUCCACAGAGGCCAGUUAGCCAGCACAUGCUGGAGACUGGAGCUGGACACUGGAUGAAUGGACGGGGCAUAUGUCAGAGGACACACAGUACAUGGGAGUAGUGGUCAUCAGGACUUAAGGAGAGUUACAGCAGCCUUGGAGUAACACUGAGCAGUAAGACCUGGAGCUCGAGCAGCCUGAGUCUACAGUAAGCCCAGUUACUCAUCACAUGUUGCAGUCUGGGUCAGAGCUGUGGAACAUAGAGAAGUAGAGAUGACUGGAACCCUGCUGACUCUGGUUGCGCUCUGUUGCAUAGCGGUGUUGUGUGAAUGUGAGCCAACUCAGCCAGGGCUAGACAGAGGAGAGAGGGGCUCAGAUGAGGGCAGCAGUAUGUGCCUGGUCCAUCAAACAUCAGACUGGGUGUUCCAGCUGGUCAAUGUGUCCCUGGCCCUCUCCCAGGCAGGGAGCUUCUGCAGGGGCCAGUUCAGCUCCCUCACUACCCUGGGCCAGCCUGAAGACGAGGAGGGAACCCUGGAGCUCAUCAGGCAGGCAGGCCUGCAAGGACCCAUGUGGGUCAGAGACCCCAACAGGCCAAUCAGCAAGUCUCUGGCCCUUGCCAAACAGUAUGUGUUGUUCCAAGCCCUGAACUUCCCCAGGGACUCCCAGGAGGGCUACGGCCGUGUCAACAUGACAUUCCCGGCCCUGCCAGCUGUGAGCGUGUGUGUCCGCGUGCAGUGGGACCCCCAGUGGUACCAGGUGUCCACCAUGUACUCCUACGCCGCGGCCGUCUUCACCAACGAGUUCCAGCUGCGCGGGCAGUUGGACGGGGCAGGACGCAUCCUGCUGGCGCUCAUUGUUCAUGGGCAGCACCGCCCCUACAAGGCAUCCUUCCCCAACGAUGGCGCCUGGCACCACCUCUGUGUCACCUGGCGCAAGACUGGCGGCCACUGGGCCAUCUAUGUGGACGGGGAGAGGGGGGACAUGGGCUCCGGGUCUGACACCCCCAGGGACAUACAUGGAGAUGGCAUACUUAUCCUGGGGCAGGAUCAGGACUCGUUCGGAGGGAACUUCACCGAGCCCUUUGUGGGGAAUAUCACAGAUCUGAAUGUCUGGGACACAGCCUUGGAGCAGAGGCAGUUCCAUGCCCUGAAUGGCUGCUCACCUUUGACCCAGGACGCUAUCUUUACCUGGAGUAUAGAUAAUAUGACCCGUCACCCAGUGGUCAGAGAGGUGCCAGCCAUGCUGUUCUGCCCAGCGGUCCACAGGCAUAGGGAGAUGCAGGGCUGCAGGACUCUGGAGGGCUGGUCUAGCCAACAGCUCCCCCUGUAUGACUCUGCAGACUGCUCCACCACACUGCCCUUCAUCUGCAGGACCAGCAGGGAGAGCUAUGUUAAGAUGAAGGAGUUCAGUGAGUCUCAUCGCUCCCAUCCUAGUCCCUUCAUGCACCACCUCAUGCAGAUCUCCAAUGGAACGCAGGGCGUGGAGGGUGUGAUGGGGGGGCAGCCAGGGAUCCAGAUGAGCUGGGGUCAGGCGUCCAGUCUGCUCAACAUGUCCAGGCAGGCCCUGGAGGACACCAGGGAGGGGCUGCAGCCUGGGGACAUGCUGUCCCUGGUCCAGCUGCUAGCGCGGGCUGCAGACGUGCCCACAGACACGGCCGCGGAAGGCAACGACAGCCUUGCCACCAUCAGCGCCGGGGAACUCAGCCACACCUUUAUCACUGUGGCUGAUAGCCUCAUCAGCCAGGACAAUGCCCCCAAGUGGCAGGCCAUCAAACAGGUGGUGAGUGGACCGAUGGCUGUGGUCAAGAGCAUUGACCGCAUGGUGACCAGUCUGAGCACUCAGCUGAUGACGGAAACGGACCAUCUACUUAUCCAUAGGUCCAACAUCAAACUGGAGGUUCAGCAGCAGAGUCUGGGAGAGGGAUCGAGCGGGCCUAAGUUCUGUGGUCCAGACGUAGAGAGCGUCACCAACAUAGACUGUAUCUCAGUCCCCACGCAGAACAUGCAGAAUCUCCAUGACAACGGCUUCCAGAAGGUGACUGUGGUCAACACGUGGUACAGUUCCCUGCGGCCUCUUUUCAACGCGGAGGAGAACAUCACCAUGAUUCCCAUCGUCACCGAUGGCAUCCAGAGGUACCUGGGCACCAUCCUGGGCUCCUCUGUCAUCUCUACUACAGUCCUGGGGGACGGACAGCCUGUCAGCAUGGCUGUGCGCUUCCAGCUCCAACACAGAUCUCAAAAUUCUGCAGGGACCGUGUAUGACCCAGUCUGUGCAUUCUGGGACUUUGAUCUGAUGCCAGAGGCAGGUGGGUGGUGGUCUACUAAAGGCUGUGAGGUCAUCUCUAAACACUACGACUCCACUGUCUGCUUCUGCAACCACACCACCAACUUUGCCCUGCUACUGCAGGUCUAUGAAGUCCAGAGGAGUCCAGAGAGUGAGAGAGCCCUUCAGGUCAUGACGUUCAUCGGCUGUGGAGUGUCCUUGUGUGGCUUACUCUUCACCUUCAUCCUCUUCUUUGCUGUGGGAGUUCCUAAGUCUGACCGCACCACUGUCCACCUGAACCUGAUCGUGGCUCUGGGGAUAGCUGAGCUGCUGCUGAUGUGCAGUGACUGGGCCUCUGCUAAUGAGGGGGCAUGUCUGCUGGUGACGGCCCUGCUGCACCUCUUCUUCAUGGCCUCCUUCUCCUGGAUGCUGGUGGAGGGGCUGCUGCUGUGGAGUAAGGUGGUGUCUGUCAACAUCAGCGAAGACCGCCGGAUGAAGAUGUACUACGGCAUUGGCUGGGGUCUGCCUGUUGUGAUUGUUGGUGUAACCUUGACGAUAUCCCUGGACAAGUACAAAGCAGACAGUCACUGUUGGCUCAAUGUCGAGACUGAUAUGAUUUGGGCUUUUGUGGGACCUGUUCUUUUAAUCUUGGCCGUCAAUGCAGUGGUGCUGUGCCGUGUUGUCAUGGUGACGGUGUCCAGCGCUCGUCGUCGCGUAAAGAAGCACACUCCCAGUUCAGCAUCUAAACUCCACACCUUUGACCUGACCUGGGCUGUGACACGACCAGUCCUUAUUCUACUGCCAGUGCUGGGCCUGACCUGGCUGUGUGGAGUCCUGGUGCACCUCUCCAUGGUGGUGGCGUAUGUCUUCAUUGCUCUCAAUGCCUUUCAGGGCCUGUACAUAUUCUUGGUGUAUGCGGUUUACAAUAGUGAGGUGAGGAAUGCCAUUAAGAGGAUCAAAGAGAAGAGGAAAGCCUUGUCUUUCACGAACUGUUCCCAGCCAAUCCGCUUCCUGCCAUCCCAGAGGGGUCCGGCCCAGUCGUGGACACACAGUCUGCCCCGUCCCUCCAGCCCAGAGACCAGCGAGACCUCAGGCCCCGGCAGCACCACCUCUACCUCACUGGUCAUCAAGAACGAGAGUUAUGGAAAAGAAAGUAGUUUUGUGAGCUUCUCCUUGAAACCAGCAUCAGGAAACCAGGUGGUUCAACUGACUGCUUUCAAGCCUUCAGGCUGCUGAUGGAAUUGGACACCAAGGCACAUGUAUCAUAUAAACUGGUGGAAAGAAAGAAGAAUUGCACAGUGAAUAUCACAAACAGAUACACACAAUAGAUGCAUCUACUCUCAUACACAUAUAGAAGUAGAUAGUGUAAAUAGACACACACGCGCACGCACGCGCGCGCGCGCACACACACACACACACACACACACACACACACACACACACACACACACACACACACACACACACACACACGCAACCUACAUACAGAAUUAAAGACUCAAAUAUGUACUCGCAAGCACGCAGGAAGCGUAUUUUAGGAGGACAGCUCCUCCUCCGCAGUGCCCCAGGGUCAGGAAUCAUCUGCUGUUUAUGAAAUGGCUGUUUUACAGAGGCAACACAACGUUUGUCGUGUGCAUGUAGAUUUCAGUUUAAUUUUCUGUUGGAGAGUGGCUGAUCACACCUUCAGGCUUUUUUACAAUAAUAUUUGUGUGUGUGUGUGUGUGUGUGUGUGUGUGUGUGUGUGUGUGUGUGUGUGUGUGUGUGUGUGUGUGUGUGUGUGUGUGUGUGUGUGUGUGUGUGUGUGUGUGUACUUUUUGUUUUUACAGACAUAACUAGACAGUAGUUAUCACUGUAAACUGGAUAUAAACCUUUGAAUCUAGGAUUAAAGGGUUUUACUACUGUAAGAAAUCAUAUGACCAGACAACAAGAUUUUGUUGUCAGUGUGAGAAAGUGGAUAGUAGGAUGACAGAUCAUCUCAUAGAUCAACAGUAUUAGAUAGUAGAGAUCGGCUGCUGACUUACUGUGGACUGACUGGGCAGCCCAUAAAGAGACUUUAUGAAGCCUAUCACCUGUUGUCCACCUACUGUAUCACCAGACAACCACUAUGUGUAUUUGAGGCUGUGCUAGUUGCAGCUUGGCUGUCUCCCCAAGACUUUCCUCCCUCCCCUGGCCUCCCCUACCUUACAACCAGCAGCAGAAAUCCUGGCCUCUCCCUAUCUCCACUACAGGAAGGUGCGCUCUGAACUGAGACACAUUAUUCACUACAGCUCAAAUGGUUGCAUGAAAUGAUUUAGAUCCCACAGGGAAUAUACUGUUCUUUCUCGUUUGAUGUAAUUUUAUACUGUUAUGAUAUUUGGGGGGGGGGUUAGUGUUAGGACAGAUAAGCACACUACCAAUCACUUCCACACCUCAUGCCCAGGGGGCAGGAACUCCCUGGUUCAAGUGCUCAGCCAGGAAGUCUUGUGGAUCCUUGUUAAGUGUUGAUUGGAAACAAGAGUGAGCCAGCUUGCAGAGCAGUGAGGCUGUUGGGUUUUCUUGGUAGCCAUGUGCACCCUUGACUUUGUUUAGAAUUAUUUUUUGGUCAUGUUUUUUCCUUUUUGUAUAUAUUUAUUUUCAUCACCUCUUUGAACAAUCAAAGUGGUCAUGUAGGAGCUGCCCCUGGAUCUAAGGUUGCUGUCUCCUGGGUACAUGUACAUACAACACUGUCCUCAUGCACU